AUGUCAUCAGUAUUUCGAAAACUACCGGACUCAGAAAGAAAUACUAAUGCCUCUCUAUACUUUGGGAAUAUCGAUCCACAAUGCACAGAGUUAUUGAUGUAUGAAUUGUUUGUCCAGUUUGGGCCCGUGAAAAACAUAAACAUGCCUAAAGAUAGAGUCCUCAAAACACACCAGGGGUACGGAUUCGUCGAAUUUAAAAAUCCACUUGAUGCAAAGUAUACCGAAGAUAUUCUACGAGGUGUAAGGCUUCACGGGAAGUUGUUGAAGUUGAAGAAACUCGAGUCGAAACCACAAACACUACAGCGACAGCAGAUUGGAACUUUUGUCAAUUCGAAACUGGAAUUGUUGAGUGACAAAUAUAUCGAUGUCGGCGCCAGUGUAUUUGUAAACAACUUAAACCCGUUGAUCGAUGAAAAGUUUUUGAUGAAUACGUUUCUGAAGUUCGGGACCAUCAUAAAAGAACCAGAAAUCAAGCGAGAUCAUGAAGGGAACUCAAUGGGAUUUGGGUUUGUAACAUUUGGAGACUUUGAAACCAGUGACUUGGUGAUUGAAAAACUCAACAACACCAUCCUUAUGAACUCCAAAAUCAGUUUGGACUAUGCAUUCAAAAAUGAACUUGGUGAAAAUGGGAAAAAAGUACGGCAUGGUGAUGAGGCGGAAAGAAAACUAGCUGCGAAUGCAAAAAAAAACAACUUGCUCAAGUUGAAGAAUAGCGGCCGAGUUAGUAAGAAAAGUAAGCAUAGAUAA